AUGGAACAGCCUGGUGGGCAGGAGGUUCACCAUACUGCUGUUUUCGAUGAGCAUAGCCCUAAAAUCCAGCAACAAUCAGGAAAACAACUGAUGGGCCACAACGACACUGGGAGUUCAACAUCAUUGCCGCUGAAUCUGAACCCGGAUUACUUGACUGUAGUAGAACAAGAAAACAUGCCGUUAAGAAACCAUUUGGCCAAAGAAAUCGAUGAGAGUAGACAGAAAAGUUACGCUGAUCCUAAGCGUAGGAACGUGGAAUUCCAGGUUGGGGACCACGUAUUUCUGCGAGUUUCACCGUUGAGGGGUGUGAGGAGGUUUGGAGUGAAGGGCAAACUGAGUCCACGGUUUGUUGGACCCUUUGAGAUUUUAGAGAGGGUUGGACAGGUGGCUUACAGGCUGGCCUUGCCACCGUCGUUAUCAGGAGUUCAUAGUGUGUUUCAUGUCUCCAUGUUACGGAAGUAUGUUUCUGAUACAACACAUGUACUGAGGUACGAGGAUUUGGAGUUACAGACAGAUUUGUCCUAUGAAGAGCAACCAGUUCAGAUUUUGGAUCGGAAGGACAAAGUUUUACGGAAUAAGACAAUUCCGUUAGUGAAAGUAUUGUGGAGGAAUAACAAGGUCGAAGAGGCGACCUGGGAGUUAGAGACAGCGAUGCGGGAUCAGUAUCCCGAG